GGCGGUGUAAUCUCUCUCGGUUCUUGAAGUAACGUGAGCUUCUGCGCGCAUGUUGUUCCGCGGGAAAGGGGGGGUGGUUCGUACGCUCUCUGUUGCAGGAUUGCGCGAACGUCGUUCUUGGACCAGACGACGCGGCUGCAAGCUUGCGAGGAAGUCCUGCUGCAAGCGUGGACGAAGGCAAGCCGGCACCGGAAGUUCGUGCCUCCCAACCAGCUUUGCAGAGUCUUUGAUCCUUCGCCGUCGUUGGGAGUGCAUGCCGCUCAGCACAUACGUCUGGCUGGGUCAUCAACGGGCAUCUCGGGAGUAUGGUGAUGGGGGAGGGAGCGGAAUAAAACGGCUCGACAGCAAGCUGAACGCAUCGGGGUUUCGUGAUGAUCCUGAACCGUUUGAAUUCUGUCUACAGAAGAUCGUCUACAGGAAAGGCGCGUCCUCCGUCCCCCGAGUGAAGCGAUAUAUCGACGUCGAUCCUCCGCCUGGCUGUCCGGUGAAAAUGGUUUAUAUCCCGAGCUCCAGACGAGCCGCGUAGGCUCACGCCGAACUAUCAACGAGCUGACGCCAGAGGAACCAACCGGAGGCUUCAUUUGCCCAGGCGUUAGUAGCCUUGACAGUUGGCAGCAGCUAUGGCAGACCUCUCUGGUGCCAGACUCUUCAGACACGCUCCCCGAGCUCAUAUAUCAAACCCAUAUUCAGCCACGCCCGCUCCCGAGUCCCAGGAGGGC